AUGAUAUACGUGCUCUACAAGUUCUACUCCACAAGGGAUAUAUUCAUGGAGGAUCGACCAUGGGGACCAUGGGCCAAAGACCGCGUCGUGUGGCCCACCUUCAUGUUCGCUGCCGCGUCUAUCGUCACCUCGCUCAUAGCUCUGGUCGCGCUGAUCGCGCUGUGCUGGCGGUCCAAGCGGAGGCUUGUAUUUUUCAGCUUGGUUUAUGUGGCCAUGGACAUUAUCACCUGGGUCAUCGUUGCUAUCGUGUACAGGGUGGAGAAGACGGAGAAGGACUUAUGGGGCUGGAGUUGUACCGACAAGGCCAAGGCAAUUCAACAACAGCUCGGCAAGCAGGCGGAUUUCACUAGCUUGUGCAAGCUCCAGAGGUCAUCUUGGGUUCUGUCCCUAAGCCAUAUCAUUACCAAGAUCCUCACAAGCGCGCUGUCAUGGUCCUUUGGACCGCGAACAAACUGGCUUGAAGACCAAGAUGGCCUAGAUGUGGCUUUGAUCACCUUCGACCAAUUGACGGGUUGA